AUGCCCUCAAAUACAUAUGACUUUAUCGUUAUAGGAGGUGGUACGGCUGGUCUGGUAGUUGCAACUCGUCUCUCUGAGGAACCAAGUCAGCGCGUUCUCGUCUUAGAGGCCGGUUCGGACCUCAGCUCGGAUCAUCGAAUCAAGACUCCAGCUUCCUGGACAUCGCUACAGGGAACUGAGGCAGACUGGGGUUUCAAGACUGAGGCACAGACACUCCUCAACGGAAGAUCUAUCGGGGUUAGCCAAGGCAAGGUCCUUGGAGGCUCCAGCUCCAUCAAUGCCCAGGUGUUCGUCCCAUGCAACCCAUCUGUGAUUGAUCAUUGGGGAUCGUCCCUCGGAAAUAGCGGUUGGAGUUGGGAGACUCUUCGUCCGUAUUACGCUAAAGCUUAUACUUCUCCUCCAGUCGAUAGCUCCUUGACAGAGACGCUCGGUAUUGAUGGAUGGUCAGAUCAUAGUAGUACACAUGGUCCUCUUCCAACCUCGUUCCCCGGAAACCCAUUUCACCCCAUCAGGAAGGCCUGGGCAGACACGUUUCGAGCCAAUGGCUACUAUAAUGCACAGGAUCCCUUUAUUAAUGGAUCUUUGGGAAGCUUUUCUUGCCUUGCGACCGUCGACCCAGUCACAAAAGAGAGAACCAACGCCGCUUCGGCAUAUUACCAUCCAAAUAAAACGAGAAAGAACUUAGUUGUUCUCACAAAUUCUACUGCCGAGAAAAUCCUUCUCGAUAGCGAAAGCCAUGACAGCGAGAAGCCCGCUGCAGCUACUGGGGUUCUCUAUAGAUACAACGGCGAGUACCGGCAAGCUACCUGUAACAAGGAGGUCAUUAUUGCCGCAGGUGCCCUUCAAUCACCUAAGAUAUUAGAGCUCUCUGGGAUCGGGAAUGCGAAUGUCUUGGAAAAGCACGGCAUAGACCCUAUCAUUAACCUUCCAGGAGUCGGAGAGAACCUUUAUGAUCAUUUGAUUGACACAAUCAGUUAUUUGGCGGUAGAUGAACUGGAAACGCUCGAUCCUCUCAUCUCAGACCCAUCCGUACGUGAACAAGCCGCAAAGGACUUCGCGGAGCGUCGGACUGGUCUGCUUAGUUCGAUGGGAGUAUAUACAUACGCCUAUCUCCCUAUAAUGGAACAUCUCUCCAGUGAAGGCCGAGAGCGGCUAACCAAAUUGCUUUUCGACAAUUGUCCUGCUUCAGGAAAGGAACCUGACCAGGUCAGAGCUCGGGCGUACUAUCAAGUGGCGAAGGCAACCCUUCUUGACCCCAAGCAGGCUUCCGGCACGUAUCUCUCGUUCCUUGGACCAUGGGGUGGCCCAAUUGAAGGAAAUAGUCGGACUUUAACUCUUGGCGCCAUGCUUUCUCAGCCGCUCUCUCGUGGUAGUGUCCAUAUCAGUUCUAAAGAUACUUCGGCUGCUCCCAUCGUCAACCCUAAUUAUCUAUCGAAUCCGCUCGACCUGGAUUUAUACGCUGAGCAUAUGCUCUACAUUGAAACCAUUGCACGCUCGCACCCUCUAACUGAUUUAAUUAAACACCCCAUCACCCACCAGGAUCCGUCUUCAACCCUCACCGAUCUGGGAACGGCAAGAAAGUGGAUCCAGAAGAGUGCGGCGUCCAUGUGGCACCUAGGAGGUAGUUGUGCAAUGUUACCGAAAAAUAUGAACGGGGUCGUAGAUAGCACGCUCAAAGUCUACGGUACCCGGAACCUCCGUAUCGUAGAUUCGAGCGCAAUCCCCCUAAUCAGCACUGCCAAUCUACAGUCUACUGUGUACGCAUUUGCCGAGAGGGCAGCUGACCUAAUUAAGGAAACAUGGAGUUUGACAUGA